GCAACGAGGAAAUCCUCAGCUUGUACAAGGCGGGAGCCAUGGCGGAAAACACUGGCGGCGUGCGGCCGGUGCCCAAAGAUCUCAAGACGUUACGUAGCGUCCUGUGCGUCCACACCCUGGUGAACGGCUGCAUUGGCUCCUUUGUGCAGGCGCUAUUUGCAGAGAAUCUGAUGAUUGGGUGCGUGGUGGCCGUAGUUGGUGGCUUCAUCUCUCCGGUUGGAACGUACUUGGUGAAAAGAGCCGCCAGCAUGCUGUCGCCCAAAGCAGCCCUCAUAUCGAUUGUUUUCGCCAACAUUCUCGGCCUGAUGGCGGCGCUGGUGGUGGACCACCUUUUCGUGAUGAUUUGGGGCUUCACAACAACCACCGUCGCCAUACAGCUGUUGAUGCAGUAUGUGUCGGAUUUUCAGGCUUCGAUCAGCGCGACCGAUGCCGAGAAGGCUGUCUGGACCGGCCAGUUGGCAGGGCCGCCGGCCUUGGCCUGUCUGGUCGGCUGUUUGCUUGGGCCUUGCCUGUUCUCGCAAGUCUGGAGCGCGCAGGCUUUCGGUUCCGUUGUCCUCCCGAUCGCCUCGGCGACCCUGUUCUUCCUUCCGAGCCCAGCAAGCAGCAAAGGCGCAGAUGUGCCUUGGCGACUGAGUGAGUUCAGCACCAGCUCGAUCCCGGCUCUGUUCGGGCUAACUAUGUUGGCCAUCCACAACUCCUGCAGGGACGCGAUCCUGGGGCCUAACCUGGCCCUGCGCUUCCCUCUGGACGCAUGGACCUGGGGGCAGCUGCAGUUUCUGGGAGUGCUGGGAGGCAUCGUUGGUAUGGUGAUUGCCCCCGGCUUCGCUGCACAGUCGAACCUGCUGCUCACUGUGGGCGUGCUGCUGUCUUCUUUGCUCACGCGGGCGUCAGAGCACUUUGCUGAGAGCCUUAGCCUCUUCAUGGCAUCCACUUUUGCGACCGCCAUGCUGAAGAUGAUGCUAAGCGCGCUUAUCUGGAAGCUCGUCGAGGCGUCACCCAGGCAUGCUGAGCAGAUGCCAGUGCUGCAGCAGGUGCAGGCGGUGAUCGAUGGGGUCGUUGGCCUGGUCGUCCCAAUUUCGAUCCUGAAUCUGGGCCUGGUGAAAGGCGUUUGCAUGGACCUGUAUUGUCAGCUUGCGGAGCUAAGGAUUGCUGGCAGCAUAGACUUCAACCUUUGCCGUGCCCUGUACUUUGUGAGUGGGCUGCUGAUAAUCGCUGGCGUGGUGUAUUCCAGCGCGCAUGAUGCUCGCAGCCGCGCUGCGACACUGUUUUCCGAUCCCCUCAGCGCGGCAGUAAGCUUGAAAAAGGUCGUCUUGCCAGGAAGUGCAGAUCCACGGCGAAGUCAACCUGAAGAUCCCAGGAAGCAUGUGCAGCGGCUGGUUGCUGCACAGAAGUACCGCGACGUCCCCAAGACACAGAGGUCAUACGCGGUGGUGGUCAACGGUCCCAGCGCGCUCCGGGGUAAGUAUGAUGCCUGGCACGGAUUGCGGUCUCCUGGUGCGAGGAGCGGGCUGGAGAGCUUAAUGGUUACCCGCUGUACAAAUGCCCCACUGGGCAGCACAUGUGGUGCGAGCACGGACAGCCGAUGUAUCCCGAUCCAGCAAGUCCAGCCCAGUGCGGGCAAGUGGCGAAUCUCAGACUCCUCAAUGGACGACUGGCGCUUCUCAGCUUCCGUGGUCGUCGGAGUCGAGUUGCCACCGCGAAGUGGCUGGGAGGCCCUCAACGAGUCGAGAGGCGUUCUUGCUCCGCAUUUGCUCCGAGAGGCGGCUUUCAACUUGAAGCCCAUGCCUGCUUGCAACAGAGGCCACCGUUUGCGUCCAGAUGUACGAGGCAGCCAUCGAUGCGACAUGUGUGGAAUCAGCGGCACGGCCUACCGAUGCCCUGAAGCCAGCUGCGACUACGACAUGUGCAAGCCCUGCUACGAGCAAGUGCAUGAGACGUGUCAGGCUGCCGCCUCGUCCUUGGCCGCGGAGGAUGUGGAUGCGAUGAUUCAGAAGCUGCUGGCGAAGGACUCUACGGGGCAGGAGGUUGUCUUUCGCGUUCGUGAUGGAGCCACGCUGGCAGAAGAAUGGGCGGCCAGGUCCUGUUUUCGAAGUUGCAUUGUGCUGCUUAGCCCUGGAAAAAGGCCCAUGGCAACGACAGUAGUCAUGAGUCAUGAGAAGCUGAUCGAUCUUUGGACGGAGGGCCUGGAAAGCAUGCGGAAGUCUUUGAAGGCAGAGGCAGGUUUGGGCGAGGCAUCCAUCCUAGAAACAAGCCACCCCUACGAUGCGAAGCGCUUCCAGUGGCGCAAGCAGGUGCACAUGGACGGUGCAACAGCGCUGGAUGUCUUCUUCUGCCAGAAGAGCUGCACUUUGGACAAAUCCGCCCGCUUUCGCAUCUUCUCCGGUGGCCUUCGUCGGCCGGCGGCCGGCGCAGGAAGUCGUGUGGAGAUUACAGUUCCAGGACUUCUGGGGGUCAGAGUUCUUUUCGCGUUUACGGAGCUUGUCUACUCUAGGAAUCUAUGUUGA